CCAUUUCUGCUGCACACUUACUCCUUCCCAACAUGAAUCGUCCUGAAACCAACCCUCAUUUCCGGCGGCCACUGCAGCCCGACCGCCGUCCUCAACAAGCCCCAUUACAGCCUCAAGACCCUGCUGAUCCGCCACAGCCCGAUCCAGACCCAUAUUCCGAGCCAACCACUCCAUGGCCAGCGGCAGAGCAACGACCUACCACUGGUAAGGCACCACGUUUGAAGAAAAAUCGCCAAAACCCAUAUCCACCGCCGCCUACUCAAUCGCCACCACGCUCCGACCAUCGCGAACCACCGCAGCGACAACCUCAAGACUUAUCUGGGAAAGCACCACGUUUGAAGAAAAAGCAGCAGCAUCAAGUUCCAUAUGUAGAGCCAGGCUUAAAAUCACCUGACCAAAAUGUGCAACAAUCACGUCCUAGAGUGCAAAUUCAAGACCCAUCUGAUUUUCGGGAUCGACGGAAUGAUGUUGUUGAUGAUAACAACAGAAGAAAUCAACCAAACAACAUGCUGCAUAUGCCUCUACCCCGUCAAACUAAUCCAUUUAUGUGGUUUGGAGCAGUCUUUUGUGCAAUCUUCUGGGUGCUUGUAAUUGUUGGAGGAUUAGUAGUCCUUAUUGUAUACCUCAUUUUCCGCCCAAAAAGCCCACGGUUCGACAUAUCUACAGCCAAUCUAAACGCAGCGUAUCUCGACAUGGGGUAUCUGCUAAAUGCAGAUGUGAAUUUGCUAGCAAAUUUCACAAAUCCAAACAAGAAAGUUAGUGUGGAUUUCAGCUCAAUGAUCUUGUAUCUUUACUCUGGGAACACACUUAUUGCCACACAAUUCAUAGCACCUUUCUCAGCAUACAAAGAAGAAUCAAUGUUGAUUAAUAUUCAUAUGGUAACCAGUCAAGUAAGGCUACCCAUUUUGGAAAGGCAAAGGCUGCAGAAGCAAUUGGAGACGAAUGGGAUCCAGCUUGAUUUAAAAGGGAUUUUCAGGGCCAGGUCUAAUUUUGGUACUCUGCUACGAUACUCUUAUUGGUUGCGUGGUGAUUGCAAAUUGAUUUUUGGUGGCCCUCCUGGUGGGGUUCUAAUCAGAAGUAACUGUAGAACAAAACAUUGAGACCUCAACUUCUAAACGCUGUGUCAUGCUUUUGCUUCUGAUCAUCUGGUGGAAUUUGGUUGUUCAUUUCUUUUUUCCCUUUCUUGAAUCUUCUGGUCAUUUGAAGGAUUUGCAUAAAAUAGCUGAAUUCCGACUAAACAAACUCUUUUGUAUUCGGUCUCCAAGGGAUAAAAUGUAACAAAGACUUGGCAUUCUGAGAUUUUUUUUUUUGACAGUGCCUUCAAUACAAAUAAGGCACAUCUAAUAACAUGAUUGAAAUUGAAUCAA